UCGACUUGGUGAUCACUGAUUUGUAUUUAUAUGUUAUGCAGCUAUUUAUAUGGACGCCGUACGCUGCUAUAUUAGAUGGUUUGCCGACCUUCUGUAGGGCAGGUCAGGGGUUUGGAGGUCGCGGUGUCCAUUGAUACACCUGGACAUCGUAGAAGAGCACAUGCCCGAGCGUGCCUUACGACAGUUUGGGCAUACACAGAGUAUACCCCCUGACGUCCGUCAUGAGCUCCGACACUACCAGCGGGAUGAUCGGGCUGCCGUUGAUGAUGAUUUUCUGGCUUUCAUAGAUGUCCAGCUCCACCGUUGGGAGAACAGGUUGGGCACUUUAGCGGUGGUCGGCCAUUUGACUCCCAUUGAACAUUACAUGCGCUGGUAUCAUCAGAUCACACGCCGAUUGAUCGGCAACCCAGCUUUGCGUCCCCCUAGGGAUGUAGGAUACUCAGCACUCGCGGGGCAGUACGAGGCAUUGCUGGUGGCCGUACAACGUUUACGCAUCUUGGGGUUAGAGCAUAUGCCUUACCCUGGGCUUGCGGGGCUAGCGGCGAAGAUGGUACAGAUAUCGAAGGAUGGUAUCCGGCAGGCGAGUGUGCGAGAUUAG